GCCUUAGAACAUACGUUCCAACCAUUUCUUUCUUCUCUACAUAAAGAGAGAGAAAAGGGAAGAGGCAAAAGGCCCUCGCAUUCCUCAUGAACUGUGUUUUCGUAUUGGGUUUCUAUUGUUGGGGUUGGGAGUUCUUAACUUCCCUUCUUCUCUUCUCUCUCUCUAAUUAAUUGAUUAAUCUCUUAGCUUAACAGCUCUUUCUUAUACCUUCAUCUUUCUUCUUCUCUCUGCCCUUUUCGCUCCUUCGUUCCCUUUCUUCUUUUGGAAAGUUCAUAUUAUAUGGAGAUGGAGGCCAAUGAUCACAGGGGUUUAUUGGAAUAUGUGCGCAAAACAACACCUCCACCUUUUCUGUUGAAGACCUACAUGCUCGUGGAGGACCCGGAGACCGACCAUGUGAUCUCCUGGAACGCCGACGGAACAGGGUUUGUCGUGUGGCAGCCGGCGGAGUUCGCCCGUGAUCUCCUACCAACACUGUUCAAGCACAGCAACUUCUCAAGCUUUGUCCGGCAACUCAAUACUUAUGGUUUUCGAAAGGUUGCAACAAGCCGGUGGGAGUUCUGCAAUGACAUGUUUAGAAAGGGAGAAAGGGAGCUACUAUGUCAGAUUCGUAGACGAAAAGCAUGGUCUAGCAAGCAGCAGCAACAACCGCCACAACCUAAUAACAUUGCAGCAACUCAAGGUGGCACAACCCAAGAGUCUGAUGAAGAUCAAAGGUCAUCUUCGACAUCAUCGUCGUCUGAAUUCAAUACUCUAAUCGACGAAAAUAAGAGACUCAAGAAAGAAAAUGGGGCUUUAUGCUAUGAGCUCACUAGCAUGAAAAGGAAGUGCAAGGAGCUUCUUGAUUUAGUGGCUAAAUAUGCACAUUUAGAAAGAGAAGGACAUAAUAAUAAUAGUAAUAAUGAUGAUGAUGAGAGGCCAAAGCUAUUUGGUGUGAGAUUAGAAGUUGAAGGAGAGAAUGAGAAGAAGAGAAAGAGAGCAGAAAUUAGAGAAUGCGCAAGCAUUUUGCUUUCACAAUCAUGCAAAUAAUGAUUGAUUGUGCCCGUUAAUUAAUGUAGGAUAAUCAUAAUAAUAAUCAAGGUAAGCAAAUAGCUACUUGGAAUGUAAGUAGCUAUUUAUAGCUUUAGCUAGCUAGCUUGCUUAGAUGAUACAUAUACAUAUAUAGCAGAGGUUUGAUAUUGUUUAUGUUUAAUGGAGGUAUUAAUGAAUAGGAAAUAUAUGUACAUUAGAAUGUACUUCAAAGCAUAAUAAUAAAGGGGAAUAAGCCCCUUUGAUUUACUUUUCUUA